AUGGUCAAAUGUUUUCGUAUCGACCGACGUACAGGGGAUUUAUAUACAACGAAUGAAGCGAAACACCUACUGGAUAGUGAAAAAUUAUGCAUGAAUCAUCAAAAUAAUAAUAAUAAAUUAAUAUCAAGUGGAGUUUAUGCCUCGACGAGGAUGAGCUAUCAUCAUUACUGUACAGUUAAUUUACUUAUUUCAAUAAAUAAUCGUAUCCUUAUCACUAUUAAUGUACAAAUUGAAGAUGUUAAUGAUAAUGCUCCGAUUUUACCAGACUAUAAUUUACAAAGAAUAUUUAUUAAUGAAACAUCUUUACCAGAGGUGACUAGAGUUUCGUUGAAACCAGCUUAUGAUGCAGAUUUUAAUGGAUAUAAUCAAUUGUAUUACUAUAUUAGUAUAGUUAAUGAUAAUAGUAAUAAUAUUAAUGACCUUCAUGUUGAUAUAAAUCCUUUCCGCAUUGAGUACAGGUCACAGCUGAAUGGAUCUAACAUGUCUGAUGAUUUAAAUCUAAUUUUAACAAAAUCUUUAGAUUAUGAAAGUCAAUCAGAGUAUAAAAUGAACCUGACAGUUUGUGAUGGUGAUCGCAAGACUAAGCACACAAUUGUUCAUUGUUCAUCACAGAUGUUAUUGAUUAGUGUGAAUAAUAUAAACGAUGAAUUACCAUGGUUUCAAGUGACUAAUUAUACUGCUGUUAUAAAAGAAACUACCCCAAUCAGCAGUGAUAUAAUAAAGGUGACUGCUAAAGACAACGAUGCCAGUCCAUACAAUGAGAUUUAUUAUCGUAUACUGCCUAGUUCAGAUAGCUUGUUAGUGUUCAAUUCACAGGAGUUAUUUCAAAUUCAACCAAGAACUGGCGUUAUCAGUUUAGCGAAAGCAUUUCCUAAACCAGGGGAGUAUAAGUUUCUUGUACAAGCUGUUGACAAUGCUGAUACCGAUGACUACGACACGUCAGUCAAUAAUUCAACAGGUGAUACACAUCGUUUAACCAAAGGUGUUACAUACGAAGCGGUAAAUAAUGCUCAUAGUAAUAUUGCCAGCGUUGCUAUUCAAGUAGUAGAUGUGAAUAAUCAUGCGCCUAGAAUUGAAAUUCAACAAACUCAUGAUUCUCUAUUAUACUACUCAAAUCCUUCUCCUACUGCUCCGCCUCCUCCUCUUAAAAGCAUGAAUGGUAAUUAUUCAAAAUUUAUUUUACUAAAUAUUUCUGAAAAUGUCCCGAUAAAUACACCUAUAGCUUAUUUCAAAAUUACGGAUGAAGAUCAGCUGAAGAAUGCUGAAACAACCUGUAAACUUAUACGUUCCAGUGACGGGGAACCGUUUCUUUACGCCAGAAAUGAUAACAGUUAUCAAGCCGAUUUAUUCUUCAAAUUAAUACCUGUGAAUCGUAUAAGUGAACAUGUUUCAAUACAAAAGUUAAUAUUAGUCAGACAGUUAGACGCCGAAGAUUUAUACGAAGAUCUGCUACUCAAAGAAGUUGAACCUACAUUGAAGUUAGAAAGUAACAUCGCUGGUUAUUUAGGCAUCCUGUUGGUGUGCAGUGAUUUUGGUACACCAAAACUAUCCACAUCAAUGCCUAUUAUUAUUGCAGUUAAUGAUGUUAACGAAUUUUAUCCAAGCAUCGAGGUGAUAAAAUCAUCAACAUAUUCAUCUGUAGUAUUUAAGAGUUAUUUCAACCAAACCUACAUCUAUGAUGUAAAUAUAACAGAAAAUAUCCCGAUUGGAUCACAGAUUGUACAGCUAAUUGCUACCGAUAAAGAUAUUAAAGCUGUCAUAGAAUUUGUACAGUCUACAAAGCUAAAAACACCAUUUAUAAUUGAUAAAUCUAAGGGUGUUCUAAAGACUACUGCUGAAAUAGAUUAUGAAUAUACAACUAAUUACAAAGUAAUCAUUCAUGUGCAUGAUAUGAAACCGCCAGAAUUGUUGUCACUUACAACAACAGUCAUGCUGAAUAUUUUCAUUGAAGACAUGAAUGACAAUCCACCAGAGUUUAUCACUCCACCACCAAGUGAAAUUCAAUUUGAUGGUUAUACAGUGGUUGAACCGAUACGAAAAUAUCAAAACAGCUUAAAAAUUAUAGAAUUUGAAGAAGAAACUAUUCACACUAAACCGCUGGGUAGAGUUCGAGCUGUAGAUCGUGACAGUGGCAGAAAUGCUGAGAUCAUUUAUUUUAUCGCAGAAAUUUCAACUGAUCUGGAAAGUGAUCAGUUGAACAGACAGAAAUUCAUUAGCUGGAAUAAAGCUUUUAGUAAUUUUUCAAGUCUACCAAAAAUAUUAAUCGAUGCAGACGGUGCUUUAUGGUGUGAAGGAAAAUUAGAUAGAGAAAAGAUACCGAUUAUUGAUUUAGUGAUUGGUGCUCAUGAUUUAGGCGAACCGAAAUUAACAUCUUACACAAAGGUAAGAAUUAUCUUAAAAGAUAUUAAUGAUAAUCAACCAGAAUGGCAAUUUCCAACUGAGGUAGACUUUUUAGUUGCUGUCUCAAAAUCUGUCCCCAUUGGGACAAUUAUUACGCGUGUUCGAGCCACGGAUAAAGAUGAACAAUCGAAAAAUGGUCUUGUAAACUAUUAUAUUGCAGAUUUAGAUGGGGACAAUGAGAUCAGCUCUAAAUCCCAGUUGUUGACAGGUAAACUCAUUCCACAUAUUUUUGAAAUGGAUGCAAAAUCGGGUGAAUUAAGAGUGAAGCAAUCGCUUACUGACUUACCGAAUGGAUUUCUUGAAAUAAUCUUGAAAGCUGAAGACAACGGUAGAACUCCUCAAAAAUCAUUCGCUAAAUUAAUCUUGUAUAUAACAAAUGACAGUGAUCUUUUAAACAUGAACACUCCAAAAAAGCUACUAGCCUUUUAUCAAAAAGAGAAACAUACAAAGCUACUGAAUUCACAACUACUUACGUUUGCAAAAUUCAAUGAGAUCAUUCCUUCACUGAUGAAUUCAGAUUCUGGUAGUUUGUAUAUAAGUCGUACUGUAGGACAGCAAGAUCCAGAGAGUGUUAAGCAUUUAUCCAUUGUAAUUGGUGCUUCAAUAAUCGGUGCCAUUAUUGUCAUUUGCUUAAUUGCUUUAUUAAUUGGUUUAAAGUUCACUACACGUUUUCAAAAUCGUUCAAAAUUCAUAUCGGCUACAAAAAUGAAUAAAAAUGACUACGAUCCAAGGAAGAUUGAAUCGGCUAACAGUUGUAUAAAACAAAUAUCUCAUCAUUCAUGCAUCAGCUCUGAUAUCCCAGUAGAAACACCUAAUGAUUCGAAUAGUAUUCACAGCCUAAUGAAAGGUAUUCAUCAUACGCAUAAAAUAGAAAUAAAUGACUCAAAUACAGAAAAGCUAUUUUCACCAUCAUUCAAUGAAAACUAUUUCAGAUGUUCUCCAACGUCUAUUCAAACCAGUAUACCAGUGAGUAUGAUAAGAACUCCUGAAGAUAUUCACUACUUGCCAAUCCAUUCAGCGCUAGAUUUAACUGAGAAUAUUCCUUUAAGAUUGUUGCAUGUAUCCACCAACGAUAAAUUUACUGAAUCUCAAUGUUCGAAUUCCAAUACUUUUCAUAAAAAUAAUGAGAACAAUGAUACCAGUGAUAAUACUAAUAAUAAUAUUGACAGUAGUACUAACGAACUAGUGACACCACAUUCCCUAACAAUCAUUGCUUCAGUUGUACCUACAUGUAAUAUAAAAACAGCUUUACUUCCAAUCCUAUCACAAGAUCAUUGUAGUGAAUGA